ACACUGGCCAUUAUUAUCAAGACAAAAAAUAAUGAUUGGCGUCUUUGUUAAGCUUUUGGUUAUAAACUCAAAAGUGCAUAAAACAAUUUUUUAGUGGAAGUUUUUGGAUAUAUAACUGAAAAAUGAAUUAUUAAACAUAAUUACAAUUUGUGUAAAACAUAAUUACUUUUUGUGUAAAACAAAACAAAUAAAGUCAGUAAAACAAAACCAACAAAUGUAAAAAAAACUUGUACAUUUUCGUUUAAAAAUAUUUGGGGAAAUGUAAACUGAAAUAAAAUAAUGAAAACUGUGUAUUGAAUAAUUUUCCUUCACAAAGAAAGCCAGUUAAAAUGGAAGUGAUGAACAUUAUUAUUUUAUAAACAAUCUCGGGAACAGAUUACAAUUAUGAGUAUUAGAAACCAUUUGGAAAAACAAGUAUUUUUAUCAACAGGAAAAUGCAUGCUAUUUUAUCCAAUGCAUGCGAUUUAUGUCAAAAGAAGAAAAUGUUAAAGUUUGUAGCCAACAUCCUUUUGUCGCUUUUUCAUCGUUAUCUCCGCAUUCAUCACCAAAAAGUUUUUAACAUGUUGUACCCUUACUGUGGAGGACAUCAUAGUCGAUCUCAUAAAAAAUAUAUAUUACCUGUAUAUAAUGUUGAUUUCAAUAAUGGUUUAUCAACUGAAAAAUCGAAUUUUUUAAUAAAUAAUAUAAAUAAAGAAAAUAGUUAUAAUAAUAAUGCUUCCAACAUACAACAAAAGACUUCCUUAUGUGCUUCAACAAUGCAAAUUUUAACAACGAUAUCAACUAAAACACUGCCAUUUAUCUUGCCAUUAUCUUACAAAAAAGCAAUUACAGCAAAGUAUUCAUCUUCUUUAUCAACCUACACAUCGACAUCAUCAGCUUUUAUUGCAACGAAUUAUUUAUUAUCUACUCCAUCACAUUCAUCUGUAACAUCCCAAGACGAUUCCUGCCACAAACAUUUAUUUACUUCAUCUUACAAACCAUCAUCAUUAAACAUGUUCAUAAACACCGUAGCUUGCGGGGGAUCAGCGCCAUCAAUGUAUUUUCCUAAAAACGGCCAAUUCAUUAUGAAAUUAAUAGUAAUAUUUAUAUUAUUAAUAAUGCAGAUUGGCUUUGCAAGUGCAGAUCAAGUUAUUCUUCUUGAUACAACGAGAGAAGCUACAUUGGAAUGGACACGUUACCCGUACGGACCCCAAGCACAAACACCAGGGUGGGUCGAAGAAAGUUUUACUGAUUUUGUCAAAGGCAUUAAUUGGAGAAGUUAUGUUGUGUGCGAUGUAGCAUAUCAUAAUGUAAAUAACUGGCUUUGGUCACCAUUUAUUGAUCGCGGUCCUGCUAAUCGAUUAUACAUUGAAAUUCAAUUUACCAUUAGAGACUGCUCACUUUUCCCGGGAAAUGCACUUUCAUGCAAGGAAACAUUCAGUUUGCUUUACUAUGAGUUUGAUGCUGCUACUCGAGAACCACCUCCGUGGCAAACAGAUAGCUAUAAAUUAAUAGCGCGAAUUGCUGCUGGGGAGGGCCGUUUCAAUCAAAACAGUGACGUUGAUAUCAAUACCGAAGUAAAAAGUAUCGCAGUUACUAAAAAGGGUGUUUACUUUGCCUUUCGUGACCAAGGAGCGUGUAUCAGUGUUUUAGCUGUCAAGGUUUAUUAUAUUACAUGUCCAGCAGUUACAGAGAAUUUAGCGCAUUUCAAUGAAACUCCAACUGGUCGGGAAAUAACACUUAUUGAAAAACAAAACGGAACAUGUGUAGAAAAUGCUGACCCAUAUAUCCCGCCUACUUAUUUGUGUAAGGGCGAUGGGAAAUGGACAAUACUCAAUGGCGGCUGUCGUUGCAGAGUUGGAUAUGAACCUGAUAUGGCUAAUAAAAGUUGCAAUGAAUGUCCGAUAGGCACAUUUCGCUCAGUAGAAGUCAGUAAAUGCAUUCCAUGCCCCCAAAAUUCAAACGCUUCGAAAGCAGCAUCAGGCUACUGCAAGUGCUUAUCAGGUUUUUUCAGACAUCCUAGGGAUGGGAAACAUAUGCCAUGUUAUAAACCACCGGGACCUCCAACAAAUCUUACACUUUUAUUUGUUGAUCACAUUAGUGCAAUAUUGUCGUGGAAUACACCAGUCCGCGAUCAUACUGUUGAUAAUAAUCAGAAUUCAAAAUAUCGCAGCGACAUUGUUUAUAAAGUAGUGUGCGCCUCAUGCUCUUCUAAUGUUGUUUUCACACCAUCUGCAGAUACGUUUAAUGAUACUAAAUUGACCUUAACCAAUUUGGAACCAGUUACAACUUAUACUAUUCAGAUUCAUUCUAUGAAUGGUGUGUCAUAUAUUAUUGAAAACGCAACGGCAGACGAAAAAUCGCAGAAAAAUUUAAAUGAAUCUUUUAGUAAUCUAGACAAAGAUGAAACUUCAAAAAGCAGUGAUGAUGUGUUGAUUGGAAACAAGGCAUCGUCGUCGAACAAUAAUCAGCAAAUUGAUUUAUCACAAAUAACUACAGAGUGGGCUGAAAUAGUUUUUACAACUACUGAGUCAGCCAUACAAUCAACCGUUAGUAAUGUGCGAGUAGUGUUAACAACAAGCAACGAAAUCGAUUUGAUUUGGGAUAAACCUGUACAAAGUGAUGUUCCUAUAGAAUUUUAUGAAGUGCGAUGGUUUCCUAAGCCUGAUUUUGAUACAAUCAACAAGACCGCAUUGACUACUAAAGAAACUAAAGCUCAUAUAGAAAACCUUAAUGAAAACACCGAAUAUGGGUUUCAAGUACGUUACAAAACUCUCAAUGGCUAUGGAACAUACAGCAAUAUUGUAUAUGCUCACACUCAACAAGGAGUCAGUUCAGUUUACGAAGACAAUAUUCAAAUGCGCAUGGUAGCUGGUGCUACUGUAGCCGUUGUAGUUAUUUUGGUAUUAGUAAUCGUAGCUACGGUACUGUUUUUGAGGUCUAAAAAUCAGGAUGACAUAGAUAAAAAAUCCAGCAAUCACAUGCCUCUGCCAUUAGACUAUGCCAGCAAUGAAGGACUGGUCGUAACCUAUAUUCAUGCCAUGGAUACUACACCCAUCGUUAAAACAAUUCAAUCCAAUGUGACAACUCCGUUGUUUGGAAAUAGUCGGAGCUACGUAGAUCCACAUACGUAUGAAGAUCCUAACCAGGCAAUACGUGAGUUUGCUAGAGAAAUUGAUGCUAACUAUAUUACCAUUGAAGCGAUUAUUGGUGGAGGCGAAUUUGGAGAUGUAUGCCGUGGUCGCUUAAAAAUACCACCAAAUUUUGUACAAGAUAUUGAUGUGGCAAUCAAAACGCUUAAACCAGGUUCAUCGGAAAAGGCGAGAUGCGACUUUUUAACGGAAGCCUCCAUUAUGGGACAGUUUGAUCAUCCGAAUGUUAUUUAUUUACAAGGAGUUGUUACACGCUCAAAUCCUGUUAUGAUUAUAACUGAGUAUAUGGAAAAUGGUAGUCUGGACACAUUCUUACGCGUCAACGAUGGAAAAUUCCAAACAUUACAAUUAAUAGUGAUGUUGCGAGGAAUUGCCAGCGGCAUGGCUUAUUUAAGUGACAUGAAUUAUGUUCAUCGUGAUUUGGCCGCCCGUAACGUGCUCGUUAACUCUCAACUUAUAUGCAAGAUUGCUGAUUUUGGACUUUCGAGAGAAAUUGAAAACGCAAGCGAUGCGUAUACCACGAGGGGUGGAAAAAUACCAGUACGUUGGACGGCACCUGAAGCUAUAGCAUUUAGAAAAUUCACAUCUGCGUCUGACGUUUGGUCAUAUGGUGUAGUUUUGUGGGAGGUAAUGUCUUAUGGAGAGCGUCCGUAUUGGAAUUGGUCGAAUCAGGAUGUUAUUAAAAGCAUUGAAAAGGGAUAUCGUUUGCCAGCCCCAAUGGAUUGUCCGGAAGCAUUGUAUCAACUAAUGUUGGAUUGUUGGCAAAAACAGCGAACUCAUCGUCCAUCAUUUGCAAGCAUAGUUUCAACAUUAGACAAUUUAGCUAGACAACCUCAAGCGUUAUUGACUACACGCAGUUCACCCGAAAAUGACGGGACCCACAUUAUAGAUGGCCAACGGGGACACAAUAUUUUUAUAAGCACAGACAUGUGGUUAGAAAAUAUAAAGAUGUCUAGAUAUUCGCAGCAUUUUAAAGAAGCUAAUUUGGUGACAGCUCAACAGAUCUCAAGAUUAACUGCUCAACAAUUAUCGGAUAUGGGUAUUACUUUAGUGGGACACCAAAAGAAAAUUUUACAUCAAGCCAGACAGUUAGACACCAUAAUUUAGCAAUUUUAUUAAUAAAAGAAUUAAAACCACUGUUAACACUAUUUUGGCCAACUUACAACAUUUUACCACGGUGCAUUUAAAAUAAACUUGAAAUGUAUUUUUAUUAUUUAAUAUUAACAGUAGGAUUUAUUUUUAAGGACCAUUAAGUACUUCACAAACAUAUGUUACUCAUACAGUGUUUUUAUAAUUUCGAUACAUUUUGUCAUUUCGUUUAAAACGUAUCGAAAUAAUCAUAGAAUAAAAGUUUAUUUUACGCCAUCUUGCCACGUUAGCUGAUCAUAUUUUAAAAAAUAAAAAAAUUAUAGAUCGGUAUAUAAUUAUUGAAGAAUUGUAUUUUUACUUAGAGAAAAAAGUACACGGAAUGAAAGUGAAACAAUUCUAACAUAUUUUAUAAUUCGAUUUUUUAAUUGUACUUUACUCAGUCGUCUUCUAAGUAAUACUCUUCGCUUUUGCCUUUUUUGUGAUAUUCAUUUUUAGACCUCUAUUGUUAUACAUUUGUACACACAAAUCUAAUAUAGUGCAUCUAGUAGGUGGUAAAUAUGCUUAUGCCGAACCUGGCAUUUUUAGUUUUGUAUAUAUCAUUUUGUUAUAACUUUUUUUUUUAGAAAUUAUCAUUCAUCAUCAUAUUCAUAACAAAUAGAGAAAACUUCUAAAAUGACAAUGUUUGGAAUGUUUGCCUAAAUAGUGUUAAUAUUGUAUGUAAAUAUUAUACAUAAUUUUUUAUCAAUAAUUUUAAGAUUUUUUUAAAGUGUGUAAUAAUAAUUAAAACAAAGAAAAAUAUAUAAGAUUUGUAGUAUUAUAAACCAACAUACAAACUUUAUUGGUUGUAUAAACUACAAAAUCAUCAAAUGAAAUUAA